UCUCCUAUGACAUUUGUGCUCAUUAACUUCUGAGCACCUUAAAACUGGUGGCUGCUGCUUGGAGCCAGAGCUAUAGAGAUUGGAGGAAAGCUUCCUAUUUAUCUCAGGCUGUAUGGUUUUUGUUUGUUGGCUGCUGGAGUUAGUCUCGAUAGUACAGAAUGGAUGCAAUACUGAACUCUAGGAUGGAGGAUAUUGAAGAUUACUAUGAGUUACUGGGAUGCGAUGAGCUUUCUACGGUUGACCAAAUCCUGGCAGAAUUUAAAAUCAGAGCUCUUGAAUGUCAUCCUGAUAAGAAUCCUGAAAACCCCCAAGCAGUGGAAAAUUUCCAGAGGCUCCAGAAGGCCAAGGAUAUUCUGACCAAUGAGGAGAGUCGGGAUCGCUAUGACUACUGGCGGAGAAGCAGGAUUCCCAUCCCUUUCCACCAGUGGGAAGCUCUGAGUAACUCAGUCAAAACAUCUAUGCACUGGGCUGUCAGAAGUAAGAAGGAAAAGAUGCUGGAAGAACCUGACUCAGCUGACAUCAACACAGAGGAGGAAGGAAGACAGCCAGAAAUGGCCAAGAAAGGACUGAGCUCCUCUACAGAGAGAAAGGAGGAAGGAGAGCCUAGGACCAUGGACAAGUCCACGCAAAGCCCAGACUCCUCAAGCUUUCCAUGUGGCAACCCCUGGCACCUGCGUUUUCGCUGGUCAGGAGACGCCCCUUCGGAGCUCCUGCGGAAAUUCAGAAACUAUGAGAUAUAAAUCUCGUCGUCAAUGGAGAGAGAAGCGGAAACAGGGCAGGCGGCCGCCAUCUCCUCGAUUUGCCCCAUUUGGUCCUUCGGUCCCGUCCCUAACAAAGAAGUCUUUGUCCUUUGUGCUUAUGUAGAGAAGAGGAUUAGCUCUCACCCUGAGCAUCAUGCUCAGCUCAUGAAGUCAUCCCCACGAUGUCUGUGCUGAGGGGAAAAUCGGGAAGAGGAUGAGUCCCACUUCCCUGCAGGAUUCACAAAGCCUGAGAUAUCUUGUACUAAGAGAAAGCAUGGCCUUAUGGGUAGAAGGCCAGUCUUGAUUGGGAAGAACUAGAUUCAAAUCUUGCCUCUGCCCCAUCUGGGCUGCAUCAUCCUGGGAAAGUCUCAUUCCCUCUCUGAGUCCCCAUGUGACUCUCUUAGAUUAUAAGUUAUAGAAGAGUUGCUAGUGUCCAUCUGGGGAGGAAGUUUCCAUGUUGCAAAGUCCCCACCCUGAUAAAAUCACAGGUCUAGAUGAAAAAAAAAAAGAAAAGAAAAUUCCAGUGGCUUAUAUUUGUUCUCCUGUGAGUUUUAUUUAUAGUUAUACUUUAUUAUUGCCGGUGUAUCCUUGGUGCUUAGUAUGUUGCCUUGUAUACAGCAGGAAUUAAUAAAUGUUUGUUGAAUGGUG